AUGGAGUUAUGGAGUCUGAGAAGUCCAGGAGCUGCCAUCUGCCAGCUGGAGACACAGGAGUGCCAAUGUGUCAAGGGAGACUGGGCAUUUGAGCCCUUGGACUCCAAGGAGGACUCAUCCUCCGGCAGCAGCUGCCCUGACACAGAGCACUGCAUUUCAGAACCCAAAUUUAACCAGAGCCUCUCUGUAGGCUCUUUCCCCUUUGAAGACAGCACUGACUKYGAAGACUUGACCUCUGAGGGUCUUCCUGGCCUCAUCCUCCCUCCUGUCCAAGGGGCCUGGGGAACCAAGAGUGUAAGGAGAUCCAUGGGUAGAAGAAAUAAAAUCCAGGACAAGCCAGAGAAGCUUCGUGAAAAAGCCAUCAUUGAGAUCUUGUACUCCUAUCUGAGCUGCCUCCAGGAAGAUGCACUAGCUGGCUGGCCUCAAAGUGAUGACUACCAGAGGAUGGACAAGUGCCAACAGGAGACGGUCACUCAGGCCUUCUGCGAAUUCGAUGAUCUCAUGAAAAAUAUUAAGGCAUUUCUAGACAAUACAAAUGAUGACGAAGACAAUUUCUCGGUGCUUUCUGAUCCUCCUCAGGAGGAGGAUGUUCAGCCAUCCAGAAGUGUCUCUUCCCAUAUGGAUCAGGUCGUUCCUGAAGAACACGAGGAUUGUCAGGACUUGCCCAAGUGGAAACCACCAGAAAAUGGAGAUACCACACAGUUUCCAGAAAUGCCUCUUGGGCUUGAGGAUGAUGAAAUUGUUGAGAUGGAAAGCCAGGAGACUGGCACUGCAGAAAGUGCCUCAGUCUCAGCAGAGCAGUCAGACGAAGAGGACGUGCCUUCAGACGCAGAAAGCAUUUCCUGUCUGAAUUAUAGAGGCUUCUUCCACUGGCUCAGGAAGCAAGUGGUCUCCUACCUGCCAGGGAGAAAGCGCCAUGAGAGGGCCAACAAGGUCCCCAUUCUGCUGGCACUAAAGAGAAGACAUUUUGUUGGAGGCCACAGACUCCUACCUCAAGAAUCCUUCUAG